UAACCCAAACCCAGAACCAUCUCCAUUUUAUUUUCUAUGAUGAGAAUCGAAAUCCUCGAAUUGGCAGACCGUUUCGUGUAGGAUUUUAUUCCGGGUUGGAAACGACCGAUUUAAAAGUGGCGCCCAGGCUUUCCUAGCUCCCAGAGUGGAUUUCCGACUUGGGUCAGCAGUGGCGGCAAAGUGAACUGUGUGGGCCGAGCGAGGGCGGGAUCUGGUGAAAGGGAUCAAGAACCAAUUAGAGGAAACUUACACAACAAUGGGUAGUGCCAAUAGGAUGAUGAAGGGCUCCUGGGCAGGUGCCUAACCAGUGAAUUAGGGAGCUGCAUCCUAGGAAGGGCGUUGUGAAAGCGAAAGUUACAUCUCAGUACUUGCGCUGCCACUGCCCUUGCAAUUCAGGAUCCUGUCAGUGUACCUAGGACAGUCGGGUCUUUUCAGUAUGCAUGCUGUAUUAAGGAGGUUUAAAGUGAUUCGGAAAGUUAUCUCCUCUUUUCCUUCCUUUUCAGAUAUUACAGUGUUGUCCAUUUCUCCUCAGUAAUUUGGAUUGUACUCCUUUGAUUCUUUUUGAUGAGGAAAAAACCAGAGAGUGGAGGAGGAGUAAAUCCCAAUGAGGAUGAAAAUGUGUCAAGAAAGGAAAUAUCAGAAGAAUUUGAAAUGGAUACUGUGGAUUCUUUGAUAGACAUGCCAUUUGCUACAGUAGAUAUUAAAGAUGCUUGUGAAAUCACUGAUGUACCUAAACUAAAAUUAAAGAUAAAUAAAGAAAAUGAGUGUAUCAAGAGUAAUCAAAUAAAGAAGAGGAAAAGAAAAGGGGAAGAUUAUCAACCCAACUACUUCCUAUCCAUUCCGAUUACCAACAAAGAGAUUACAAAAGGAAUUAAGAUUCUACAGAAUGAGAUAAUACAACAAGAUGAGCGGUUGGCCAAAGCUAUGGUCAGUGAUGGUUCCCUUCAUAUUACACUGUUAGUGAUGCAAUUAUUAAAUGAAGAUGAAGUAAAUAUUGGUAUUGAUGCGCUGUUGGAAUUAAAGCCGGUCAUAGAAGAAAUCCUCCAAGGAAAGCAUCUGCCUCUGGCCUUUCAAGGGAUCGGUACUUUUGAUAACCAGGUUGGAUUUGUGAAGCUGGUGGAAGGAGAUGACAUACACCGACUUUUCAAGAUAGCAGAGACUGCAAAAAGAACAUUUCAUGAAAAAGGUGUCAAGGUAGGAGAUGACCGAAGUUUUAAGCCUCACUUGACCUUUAUGAAGUUGUCAAAGUCACCAUGGCUGCGUAAGAAUGGUGUGAAAAAAAUAGAUCCUGAAUUAUAUGAAAAAUUUCUCAGCCACAAAUUUGGAGAAGAAAUGUUACAUCGUGUAGAUCUUUGCUCCAUGCAGAAGAAGAAACAAAGUAAUGGUUACUAUCAUUGCGAGUCUUCAAUUAUGGUUGGCAAGAAACCUAUUGGAAUCCAAGACUUAAUUAAUGAAGCUUUGCAUCAAGAAAGAAUGAGACUGAAGUCCAAAGUGAAACAGAUAAAGGAACUUUUAUUAAAGCCUGAGACUCAGGCUAAUAUUAGGAGGGAGCUUUUUGGAGAAAGGCUUAUUAACAAUAUUUCAGGAAAUGAUGUUGAUUUCAGUAAGCCUUUGACGUGAGCACUGUCUGGUGGAAUAGUUUAUGGUAUAUUUUCAGAUUGUUAAAUAGCUCUUUGGUAAACACCAAAGAAGUAUUGUGAGAGUGUUUGCAUGACAGCAAACCAACAUUUGGUAAGGAAUGAACAAUUUCUUACCAGAGGAUAGUGACUUUUUGCACCCCCUCACCCCCACCAUUAGCUAAACUUGCGUGUUAAAAUGUUUGUUUCUGUCAUGUUGAGUUAUUUCGUAGAAAUCACUUCUUAAUUCGCUGUUGUGGGAUGUUCCUUGGGUCCUUGGAGAUAAAAACACUGAAAAAUCAUCUGCAGACAAGCAACAACAACAAUAAAACCCAAAGCCAACAAUAGUAUUUUAAGGGUCGCCUGCCCCCCCCCAACCUGAUUGCUAUUGUAAAUCAAGUAAGCAUUCUCUACAUGUUUCUAUAUCUAUUGUAACUUUUAAGUAGAAUUUGAAUGUUUAUUGAACAUUAGUACUUGAAAGAGGAUUUAUAAAUAUAUUAACUGCCAUCACUGAUUAGGAAUGUAUGGUAAUAUCCAUAUAUAUUGUUUUUCACUGAUCAAAAUGGAGUUCAUGUUUUCAUUUUUAACUGUUGCAUAUUUGGGGUUUUGAUUUUCUAGUUAUUUGCAGUUGAGGUCCAGGCCUUACCAUGUUCCCUGUAAUUUGAUUUGGUUUGCACUGAUUGAUUUUUAAAGAGCAUCCUUGAACAACUUUCUCUAUCAUUGGUAACAGCAUUUUUGAGUCAUUGUGAAAUUGCUGCUACUAACAGAUCAUGAGGGUAGGGGAAAUGACUGGACAUCAACUAUAUAAUCAUGUCAAAUAUAAAAUCUACUCAUGGAUUUUUAGCUACUUUUUCACUGGGUAUAUUAUACCACAUUUAUUUAUAAAUGAGUUUAUGCAUUUUCAUGUCUCUUAAUAAAUGGAUUGUUUUCCUG